AGCUCGUGAUUCUUCCCUCCUUAUGGAGACGAAUCGUCUUCGACCUCUACUCAAUCAAGCGAUUUCAUACUCUUCUCAACUUCACAGACUCCGCUUCAUCUCGUCGUCGGCCAUCGUCGGCCAGAGAGCCUGGGGCUUCUUCUCCGACGAUCCGGAAGGUGGGAGCGCCGUGUACCGUCACGUCCUCAAGUUCCAGCGACCCUCCACCAUAAAGUAUCGCUCUCAGUUGCACAACUCCGUUAGCUUCAUCGGUACAAUCAACCGUCCGUUGACAAGAAUCAACAUCGGUAACGGUCGAUUCGGUGUACAUACCAUUCUUAAUGUCAAGACUUACCGUGACUACAAUCAGUCUUUUAGGGUAUUAUUGAAGAUGUGGGAUGAGAUGGCGGAAAUGUCUGUGCAACAUCUGAAACCAAAUGAUCUUAUAUAUGUUUCAGGUCAUUUAGGAUCAUACGCGAUGGCUGAUGAGACUGAAGAUUUCAGAAUGAAUUACAAGGUUUGAAAUGCUGUCGGUGUUCUGAGUCUUCUGACUUCUUUUUUUUUUUAAUCUAAGAUGUGUAGAUCCUUGUUAAUAGGAGUUUAGAUCUUGGGCAUGAUAUUGUUUUCGCUAGUGUUACUGUAAUGUUUCUUAGCUCUCCUUGUUUAAAUGCAUAAGUGAUUGCUGCUAUGCUGAACCUCUGAAUAUGUUUUCUAAGUUCUUUUUUUUGUUUUGUUUAAAUUUAUUAGAGAUUGCUGCUAUGCCUUUGAACCCCUGAUAUGUUUUCCAGGUUUUUUUACAACUCAUGUUAUAACUAGACAGAACCCCUAAUAUGCAACAACCAUUGAACAUCGAUACGAGUGUUUAGAUGGGUUAUGAGAUGUAUUCAUUUCUCAGCCUCAUUUUUGUGCUUUACAGGCUUGAUAAGUAACUUUAUUUCUUUUUCUUUUCAGUUGAAUUUCUUAUCCAACUUUUUUUUAUGUAAAUCUCAUUUUUUAAUCCUUAAUAUAGGUGUUUGGUUUCUUAUAAAAAAAAGUUGUCAAUAUUAAAACAGCAAUGGGCUUGGCCAUUUUGUUAGUUUCACACAUUUGAAAUAGUUAUGCUUGUUGUAUUGAGUUGUUGUCAAUAUCUUUUGCUAGAAGAUUGCGUUAGCAAUUUUUUCUUUUUCUUUUUUUUUUUUUUGAUGUGGGGAACUAGGGAAAGGAAAACCAAACAAGGCACAAAGAAACUGUAACUGGAGAGAGCAUCUGAUCAUGUGGGAUCCUUAUUACGAAGCUGCCAUAAGGAAGCUUAGAGGCUGACAUAAGGAAUUUCCGUUGUCAUUUCCAAUGGAAACGUCGGAUAAUUCAAAUUUAAGUGAACUUCUAAGAGCCCUUUAAGGAGGAUAGAGGGGUCCCCGGAUGAUAUAUUUGCCUUGAUGCUACUUGUGUAGAUGUGACCUUUAACUGGGAAAUCCUGUCUAGUGGUUUUGCAACCAUGUGCAAGCAUGCAUGUGCUUGAUUUUCUGGGUACAUUUGUGUAGCUCACGACCACUUGCAGUGGUCCAUAUAAACUCUAUUUACACUGCAAUUUGAGAAAUUUUUGUUGCUUAGUUUAUCCAUCAGUGCUGGCAUUUGAAUAUCUCAGUAUUUUUCUUAUUUUUUUCGAUUUUUGCUAGUCAAUAUCUAGAGUGCCUACUGAUUUAGUAUGGUACAAUUUUAGUGUGGGUGCCAUAGAGCCUCUUUUUCUUUGGAAGGUUGAAUGUAUUCAUUUUUUCCUUUUAUGUAAGGUAAUUGUGAAGGAAAUAAAUUUUGUCGUGCAACACAGUCAAUACUCAA